UUCAACUGCGACCCGUCAACAGCGAGAACUUGGAAAAAUGGCUGCAAGGUUACUGCUUCGUUCUGGCCUUAGAGCUGCUGUGAGCUGCCGGGCUGCCCGGGUUCCUGCUCUGAGCCGCGGGAUGGCGGCUGGAGGGAUUCCCACUGAUGAGGAGCAGGCCACGGGACUGGAGAAGAUCAUCAUGAAUGCCGCGAAGGAGGGAAAGGAUCCAUACAACAUCAUGAAGCCAAAGAGCUAUCCUGGCACUAAGGAAGAACCCCACCUUGUUCCCUCCAUCACAAACAAGAGGAUUGUGGGAUGCGUUUGUGAGGAAGACAGCACCUGUGUGAUUUGGUUCUGGCUUCACGAAGGCGAGGCCCAACGCUGUCCAUCAUGUGGUGUCCACUACAAACUGGUUCCUCACGAGCUCCCCCAUUAGUAGCAAGAUUUACACAGUACCACUAUGACUUGUUAACUAGCCGUUCCACCUCCUGAACAAGAGUCGAGACUAAUUUUACCUCCUUACCUCCUUUGAAAGUUACAUUUCCAGAUCGGAUGGUUUGGGGACUUUUGGAUUGAGUCUACGUCGAUACAUGCACUGUAUGAUGUUACACUCUGACCAUUUAACUCCUUUUGUUGAGACAAUAAAGCGCUGAACUCUU